GAAGACCACAUCUCCUCAACAUUCUGCCACCUCCCCACCCACUCCUGGUCCAUCUUUGGCGUCUUCGAUGGACACAACGGGCCCGCCACCAGCCACUUCCUCAACUCCAACCUCCUCAACGCCAUCAUCGGCGCCCUUGCCGACCUUUACUCCAAACACGCGCCCAUAACGCGAGAGCACACCGAGCUCGCCACGGAACCUGGCUCAGGGAGACCAGAGCCCCCACCUGAGGAGAUAGAUCGGGCUAUCAAGGAGACGUUCUUGCGGGUCGAUGACGAGAUCGUCAAUUGGGCGGUUGAGCGUGCACUGAACCAAACCUCGAAAGAAGCUGCAGUUAAUCUGUUGGCUACAGCCCACGCAGGGAGCUGUGCCCUCGUCGGCUUCUACGAGUCAGACACGCGGUUGCUUCGCGUAGCGCUCACGGGGGACUCACGUGCCGUUCUUGGUCGAAAAAAGGUCUCGAAGAAGGGGAAGGAAACGUACGAAGUGCACGUACUCUCUCAAGACCAGAACGCACACAACCCAGCUGAGGAAACCCGCAUGUCCGCCCUUCAUCCGGGUGAGAAGAUCAUGGACAACGGACGCGUUCUUGGCUGGGGGAUGUCCCGUGCUUUUGGCGACGCCGCGUAUAAAUGGAGCCGCGAGAUCCAACAACGGCUUGCUGAGGAGUUUUUGGGGGAUAGGGUACGUGAGAACGUCAAGACGCCUCCGUAUUUCACUGCUGAGCCGGAGAUAACGACGACGGAGGUACAGCCGGGGGAUUUUGUGGUUCUUGCCACUGAUGGACUGUGGGAUUGUUUGACGAAUGAGGAGGUGGUGGGGUUGGUGGGCGUUUGGUUGGAUAGACAGAAGGUGUCAAGUGCACAGAAGAGUGGUAAUGAGAAGACGGUCAUGUACCGGUGGUGGCGCGCCAAGAAGAGGUUCAUCGACGUUGAUAAUAAUGUUGCUGUGCACCUGGUGAGGAACGCACUUGGGGGUGCGGAUAGGGAUUUGACGACUGCUCUGCUUUACUUGGAGCCCCCUCGUUCACGGAGAUAUAGGGACGAUAUUAGCGUGCAAGUCGUGCUGUUUCAAUGA